AUGGGCUCCCCUGAAGAGGCAGAUGCUGCUCAUAAUAAUCUCGAAUCUUAUGAAUUUGAGGGCCGUAAUUUGAGGAUGAAUUAUGCACAACAAAAAAAGAAAAAACCUUCACCACCUCCGCCACUCAUGCCAGGGCCAACAUUCAACUUGUUUUUAGCGAAUUUGCCAUUUGAAGCAAAGUCAAAAGAUCUUAAGGAGCUCUUUAUUGCAGAAGGUGCUGAUGUUGUUUCUGCUGAAGUUAUAUUUCAGGAUAAUCCUAGGAGGUCCACCGGCUACGGACUUGUUGCAUUCAAAACUAGAAAAGAAGCUGAAGAGGCCCUUUCUACUUUCUCUGACAAGUUUGUGAAACAUCGAGAAGAAGAUGGUUCACAAUCUGAUGGUACUUCGGGUGAGUUGGAAUCUGACAAGGUGCAAGCACAUACAGCCAAUGACUUCGGGCGAGUUGUUUAA